AAAAUGGAUCUGGAGACUGCACUGAGGGAAUGCAACACUGCCCUCGAACUUUUUCUGAACAACAGGUUCGCCGAUGCCCUGGCUUUUCUAAAACCCUGGAAGAGUCAGAGCAUGUACCACGCAAUGGGCUAUAGCAGCAUCUUGGUGAUGCAGGCAGGCAUGACCUUUGAACCAAAGGACAUGGACGCUGCCAUGACGUCAUUGAGAGAAUCCCUGCAGACAUGUCAGAGAUUUCGGAAGAAAACUGGAAUAGUGGAGACUCUGACCAGCCUGUGGUAUAGACAACCAGCUGACAGUCUGACAGAGGAAGAGAUGCACGCAGAGCUGUGCUAUGCUGAGGUUCUGCUGCAGAAGGCGGCUCUCACCUUCCUGGAUGAGAGUAUAAUCGGCUUCAUCAAAGGAGGGAUGAGAAUCCGAAACAGUUAUCAGAUUUACAAGGAUUGCCAGGCCAUGGCAGCUGCCACCGAAGACCCAGAAAAACAGAAGAGUACGCACAUUCAUUUUAGGGGAGGUGUCAACAUGGGCAUUGGAUCAUUUAAUCUGAUGCUGUCCCUGCUUCCGUCCAGAGUCCUCAGACUGAUGGAGUUUUUGGGUUUCUCAGGAGACAGGGAGUUGGGUUUGUCAGAACUGAGACAGGGAGCAGCCGGCAACAGCCUGCGCUCUAUCCUCAGCACCCUGACUCUGAUGAUGUUUCAUCUCUACAUCACAGUGAUACUCGGUACUGGUGAAGCAAACCUUACUGAGGCUGAAGCUCUGCUUGAACCCUACAUUGAAAAGUUCCCUAACGGAGCCCUCAUUCUUUUCUACAUUGCAAGGAUUGCUUUGCUCAAAGGAAACUUCACAUUUGCUCAGGAGAAGUUCCUGGCAUGUAUCGCAGCACAGCAAGAGUGGCGUCAGAUUCACCACCUGUGUUACUGGGAGCUGAUGUGGGCGUACUCCUUCGAACAAAACUGGAAGGAGGCUUAUCGAUACGCUGACCUUCUCUGCAAGGAGAGCAAGUGGUCCCAGGCUAUCUAUGUAUUCCAGAAAGCUGCCAUCUUGAGCAUGCUCCCAGAGGAAGAAGUGACUAAACUGGGAGAAAAUGUGGUGGAAUUAUUCAGGCAGGUGGAAGGACUCAGAUUGAGAAUUGCUGGGAAAUCGAUUCCGACUGAGAAGUUUGCAGCAAGGAAGGCCCAGCGAUACUCUUCCGCUAACCCUGUGAAAUUGGUCGUCCCUGCCUUGGAAAUGAUGUAUGUGUGGAACGGCUUCACAGUAGUUGGCAAAAGACCUGAGCUGACUCGAAGCAUCUUGACCACCUUGGAAAAAGCAGAGGAGCAGCUCAGAAACGAUCGAAACCCAUCAGAGUAUCACCUGGAUGACCAGUGUGUUGUCCUGCUGCUAAAGGGCUUGUGUCUAAGACAGUUGGGCCGUCUGGUCCAGGCUGAGCUCUGCUUCAACAACGUCAUUUCAAGUGAAAAUGAUCUCAAGCAUGAAAACUAUCUGGUGCCUUUUACCAUGUAUGAGCUGGGCCUUUUGCACAAGCAGAAAGGCGACAUCAACACGGCCAUCACAGUGAUUGAAAAUGCAAAGAUGAACUACAAAGACUACAGCAUGGAGUCUAGGCUACACUUUCGCAUCCAUGCAGCGCUCAACACCAUGGGCUCCUUUUCAGCCAAACUUCCGCCUUCACGUACACCGGCUUAAAGGAAGCCAUGGCAGGAAACCUGACAAAGAAGAGGGUAAAAACCUGACACGUCGUCUCUCAACCCUGUUUGCCUGGUCCAAAAUCUCAUUGAGAGCAAGAACCUGGCCUCGGGUGGUGAACUUGUAUGAACUGCCUUAAGAUGACUUUAUUUCCAGUGAAUUACACUAGAACUUGUCAGCACCAGAACAACAGAAACUGAAAAGGGUUAUAGAUGGUAAUUCAAAGUUUGAGAUUAUUUAACUUGUUUUGCUGUUUUUUUGUUUUUUU